AUGGUGGAGGCCAGGAAGGUGUUCGAGGGGAUGAAAGCCAGGAACGUCAGGUCCUACACGGCGAUGAUAUCGGCUUACGUCCAGGCUGGGGAGCACGCGGAAGCUCUGGAGCUCUUCUCCAGGAUGAGCAAGGUGGAGGCUAUCGAACCGAACGCUUAUACGUUCGCCACCAUCCUGGGUGCUGUUGAAGGGCUGGGGAACUUGGAGAAGGGAAGGAAGGUCCACAGGCACCUGGCUUCGCGGGGAUUCGACACGAACGUUGUCGUCCAGAACGCGCUGGUGACAAUGUAUGGGAAGUGUGGGAGCCCGGUGGAAGCUCGGAAGGUCUUCGACUCCAUGACGGCUAGGAACGUGAUCUCCUGGACUUCGAUGAUCGCGGCCUACGCUCAGCAUGGGAAUCCACAGGAGGCUCUCAACCCUUUCAAGAGGACGGACGUGGAGCCGAGUGGUGUGAGCUUCUCCAGUGCUCUCAAUGCCUGUGCAUUGCUGGGAGCUUUGGACGAAGGCCGAGAGAUUCAUCACGGAGUUGUGGAAGCCAAUCUCGCGUCUCCGCAGAUGGAGACUUCCUUGCUCAGUUACAGCGUCACUCAACGCACACAAAGCUGGGGUCUUGGUUGCAUUGAAAAGGAGCCUCCUGGGACUGGGAAACACUUAAGACUGGACUGUGGAAAACUCCGAUCGAGCAUGCACCGACUGGAAGGGAGUGAUUUGCAACAGUGA